GAGCUUAACAGAUAGAUGAUUGUUAGUAACUAGAAGAAUCUAAAAGUUUUCCAACUGAAUUAUUCGGUAAUUUUUCUGCAAUGGAUUGGUACGUUGGCAAAGAGUGGAGCGACGCAGCUCGUGGUCUGCAGAAAAAAGUGCUAAGUUUAGAAUUCCAAAGGGUUGAGAAACCCCUUUUGGUAAGCACUGUCGCAUUUACCGUAAAAAAGCCGUGCGCUAACUUGGGCUCCAGGCCCACUAAAUACUUGGCCUCCAAAGAGCCACAACAGUACACAUUGGAGAUGGGCAGCGCAGAUAGCCCCAUUGAUUGCUAUAUAGAAAUAUUAUUGCAACAGUUUGUAAUCGGCGAAACCUCAGCUUGCAGCAUUACCACCAAAACUGGCGAAUGUUUGGAAUUUGAGCUGAAGUUAGAUCGAAUUGUGAGCAAUAAGCAAAUCGACAAACUGAGCGCAGGAGAAAUGUAUAAUCUUGCAUUAAAGUACAAAGAGAAAGGCGUAGCCAUGUAUAAGGCAUAUCCGAAGUUUGCCUGCGACUAUUUCUCACGUGCAGCUAAAUUACUAAUCACAUACAAACCAUUCGACAAACUGGAUAAGCAAAAAAAUGGUAUCGCUGGCAAUGAAAUGGAGCAGCUCUUCGUGCAGAUACAAACCAACUUGGCUGCUUGUAUGAUACUAGAGAAACGUUACGAGCACGUUAUAUACCACACAGAAUUUGUGGAUACCCAGGAGCAACCGAGCGAGAAGAGUAUCUAUCGGCGCGCAUUGGCCUUCUAUUACCUGAAAGAGUUUGAAAAGGCGCAAAAUUUGAUCGAGCGAGUGCCCCAGUACGAAGAUAAACGAGAAUUUACUAAAUUGCGGGACAAUAUAGCAACAAGCUGGAAAAGCAGCAAUGCCAACUAUAAGCAGCUGGUGCAGCGAAUGUUUACCUAGAUACGGAUGUCACAGAAAUAAAUCACACUAUGUAGUAGUAAAAA